GCAAGCACAGGCAGACAGAAUGGCAGGCAGAGGCAGAGGGAGAAGCAGGCUCCCUGCUGGGCAAGGAGCCCGAUGUGGGACUCGAUCCCAGGACGCUGGGAUCAUGACCUGAGCCGAAGGCAGCUGCUUAACCAACCGAGCCACCCAGGCGUCCCCAUCACUGGGUUUUUUGUUUUUGUUUUUGUUUUUGUUUUUUUUGAAGAUUUUAUUUCUUUGAGGAGAGAAAGAGCAAACACAAGUGGUGGGAGGAGAGUAGCAGUCCCCCCACCCCCACCACAGAGAUAAGAGCUCAGUGCAGAGCUCAAUCCCAGGACCCUGAGAUCAUGACCUGAGCUGAAGACAGAGGCCUAACCAACUGGGCCACCUGGUGCCCCAGCUUUUUUUUUUUUUUUUUUUUUUUUUUAAUGGACUAGUAUAGAUGAGAGUGUAUCACAUUUCUCAAGGGUAAGUAUUGGUUUUGGAAUGUGUUUUGGUUAUGUACACACGUCUUGAUUAGAUUAUAAAAAGCCCCCCCCCCCUUUUACUCUGGGUCACAGUCAAGAAAUCUGAAAGCUGUAGGUCAUUCAGUCACCCAGUCAUUUCAGACUCCACUGAAAUGGGCUCUCAGCUGGGGACAUAGCUCAGUCCCCAUCCCAACAAACCUGUGCGCUGGGGAGGAGUGACCCCUUGUACCCCACUUCUGGUGGUGGCAGAGAUGGAGAAAGCAGUGUUGGCCGCUGUGUCAGCCCUCUCCCACUACUUAGCAGUUGCCAUCUCCACUCCCUUUGGUCUCAUUGGAAGUGAAGACUCUUGAGUUCAAGCAAAGCUAUCCACUCCUGGGAUUGCUGAAAGCACUGUAGUGGCUCUGAGGGGCCCGUGUUGAACCUGGCUUAACCCUAACAGGAAGGACCAGAGUGUCUUCUGGCCAGAGACCUUGGCCUCAGGGCUUCCUGAGGCCAAGGUCCUGGCUAGGCUUGUGCCCAGAGCCCUCCAGAGGCUCCCAAGGGCUUGUCUACUCUUGCCUAGGGGGGAGUGAAGAGUUGACAGUGGUCCCUGGAGGGCAGCCAGGAUCCAGAAAGCCCUGGAACCACCUCCCUUCCACAGGUCCCAUUAGCGAAUACCCCAGCCCCUGUACACCACUCCCGCCCAGCCCUAUCUCAGCAAAGAGCUUCAAAUAGGAGGCCCAGGAGGAUUCCCUGGCAGGCCUGGGCCCCACAGUAGAGGCUCUGCAGGAGAGGAGAAUGGGGACCACAGAGGUCAGCCUGCAGCUAGAAAGGAGGGUCUGGAAACUAUCUGCACCACAGCCCUCCUAUGGGCCAAGGGGAGAAGGCUGGGGUUGAGUCCACGCUAGAGUUGGGUGAGAGAGCAGAGAAGGCCUGGAUGGUCCAGUGAGGAGACAGGACCCAGGCUUCCUGGCCCCUGCUGCCUAAGCCACCCCCUUCGGACGUCAUCCCACACGCAGUGUUUAGACAAAGCAGUGAAGAAGAAACACAGACAUCCUGGAUCCCUUAGGGAGGAGGCCAGGGCUGGGAACAGAAGGAGGUCUGUUUAUUCCUGGCAGUCCUACAUCUGAGGGGCCGCACACCCACUUCUGUCCAGGCCCCAGGCUGAACUCUCCCAGAGCCUCUGACUUCUGCCCGACCAGAUAGCGUGGGUCUGAGGGCCGGCUGCUGGAAGCCAGCGUCCUCUGGCCGCCAGCUUGCUGGAGGAGGGGUUUGAGGCUGGAUGCUUUCCUCUUCCCACUUGCUGUCCUAACAGAAGUCCUGUCUCCCCGGUUCCCCCAAUCCUCUGCAGGAUGGGCAGAGCUAGACCCUUCGGGUCCACAGCCUUCAGCUCAGGUCUCCUCUCCCUGCCCUUCCUCACCGAGGGCACCGAAGUCCCCAUCUCAGUCUACCUGCGCUCUUGAGCAGGGAAGUCUUUCCCCAUGUCUCAUCUCCAGCUUUCUUGCUGCAGUUGCUACCAGCUCCCUCACACUUCAGUCUGCUUCUCUCUGGCACCCCAAGGCCUCACUUGAUACAAGUGAAAAUUGGAGCAUCACACUUCUUGUCUCCCUAGCCUUGAACUUGCCCUUCUUCUCCUGUACCUACUCCGCUCAGUGUCUCUGUGGAGCUGAAGUGCCCUUCUCCUCUUGCUUUUUGUGAGCUCUCGAUCUGCCUUUCUCUACAGAGUUCUUAGAGGGGGCAGGUGGCUGGAGGGGAGCGACAGAGGGCAGGAAUCCUAAAAAUGUUAAUAACAGCUGUCUGUGGGCCUAGUGUUUAUCUAAGUCUUCACCACACAUUAGCUUGGGGUUCGUCUCGCCAUAGGUGAGCACAGUACAAGCCCCCUUCUACAGAUGAGGAAACGAAGGCAAAAGAACUUGAGUAAUUUUCCCAAGUUCACACAAAAGGGGGGAAAAAAAAAGAUCCCGCGAUUCUAAGAUUCAUACCCAGGCUUUCUGCCUCCAACACUGGCUCACACCUCUUACUCAUCACGGAGGCCUCCUGUUAAGUGUCAGGCUGUCAGGCACUGGGAUAUAUAGAGUCACAUGUUACUCUGUGAUAGUCCCCAACACCCCAGAGAGGUGCUUUUACUUGUAUUUUACACAUGGGAAAAUUGAGGCGCAGGAGUAGCUUGUCCAAAUGCCACACCUCCUAGCCCAGAGCCACUUUUACCUCCUAUCCCAGAACUAGACUCAAAGCAGUUGAGAAAAGUAUAGAAUGACCCCAGAUUCUAGAAGGAAGUUUGGCUUUAUAAACCGGAAGGCCCACCAGGUGAUAGGAUGGAAGGAUCCUCAAGCUCCAAACAGCCCCACCCCUGCCACCAUCAUACUGCUUUUCCCAGUUAACUUAACGGAGCUGGGUGUGCUGUUGGCUGGUCCGCAACCCCAGGGGUUUAUAACUCAUCAAAUGUAAAUGUAUUCGUUGGGGCAAGAAGCAGAAAGGAGUAGCUGAAACCCUGAUUCCUCAAAUUCUGAUUCCUCGCUGACUGGAUUGCAUUUCUCAGAUUAGCUAGGCGCGUGGCAGGUGACCGGGCUCCCCUGAGGUAAGGGAUCUGCCACCUCAGUGGCAAGCUACAGCUGGUGGCUGGGGAGGGGGCACACAGGUACAGGAGAGGGGGAGGGCACUGGACAAAGACGGCCAGCCUCCUGACUCCUGCCGCCUAGCCAGUGCCAGGCUCCACCCCUGAGAGGCGGGGCCAGGCUGAGCCCCACCACCCCCAGCUCCAACCCUCCAGAGCCCAGGCUGGGGCAGAGCCUGGGCAGCAGAGAGCCUGGGGCCCUGCAGUACCCGCAGAGUGGAGGCACCAUGCCCUCACCGGCCACAGGGACCACAGACCGCGCAGGAAGCCCUGCAGGCCCGCCUACAGCAACUCCCUGACCCCCAGGGGCAAGCCCAGGCUGGGCCAGCAACACCUGCCUUCCAAGAGCCAUGCACGCUGGCUGCUGCUCCAGGCCUCCUCUGUCCCCAGGCCAAAGAUGAUCCCCAACAGCACCAGGGAGGCACCCAGCCCGGUUCCCACGGGGGCCCUGGGGCUCUCCCUGGCCCUGGCCAUCCUCAUCAUCGCCGCCAACCUGCUCCUGGCCUUGGGCAUCGCCAGGGAUCGGCAUCUGCGCCGCCCGCCCGCUGGCUGCUUCUUCCUGAGCCUGCUGCUGGCCGGGCUGCUCACAGGGCUGGCGCUACCCGUGCUGCCCGGCCUCUGGAGCCAGAGCCGCCUAGGCUACUGGUCCUGUUUCUUCCUCUAUCUGGCGCCCAAUUUCUCCUUCCUGUCCCUGCUCGCCAACCUCCUGCUGGUGCACGGCGAGCGCUACAUGGCAGUGCGGCAGCCCCUGCGGCCCCGCGGGAGCACAUGGCUGGCCCUGCUCCUCACCUGGGCCGGGCCCCUGCUCUUCACCAGCCUGCCAGCCCUGGGGUGGAACCAUUGGGCCCCCGGCACCAACUGCAGCUCCCAGGCUGUCUUCCCGGCCCCCUACCUCUACCUUGAAGUCUACGGGCUCCUGCUGCCCGCUGUGGGGGCCGCCGCCCUGCUCUCUGCCCGUGUGCUGGCCAUGGCUCACCGCCAGCUGCAGGACAUCCGGCGGCUGGAGCAGGCAGUGUGCCGUGGCGCGCCAUCGGCCCUGGCCCAGGCCCUCACCUGGAGGCAAGCGAGGGCACAGGCCGGGGCCACGCUGCUCUUCGGGCUGUGCUGGGGGCCCUAUGUGGCCACCCUGCUCCUCUCAGUCCUGGCCUUUGAGCAGCGCCUGCCGCUGGGGCCAGGAACUCUGUUGUCCCUCAUCUCACUGGGUAGUGCCAGCGCAGCAGCCGUGCCCGUGGCCAUGGGGCUGGGGGAUCAGCGCUACACAGCCCCCUGGAGGACGGCCGCCCACAGGUGCCUGCGCAUGCUGCCCAGAAGGACCCCCCGCACUGGGCCUGGCCCCCGCACAGCCUACCGCACCAGUAGCCAAAGCAGCGUGAACCUUGACUUGAACUAGGGGAAGGGCCUCUGCUGGCUCCUACUCGAAGCAUCUGUCCAUCUCCGCCAGGAAGGCAGUCUCCUCUUGUCUCCCCGGCCCUGCAUCAGAGGCCCUGCCCUUAUCUGACCCUACCCUGACCUAAUAAACUCUGGCCAGGUCA